UGAGGGAUAUACACCAUGGGAUCUGAGCUGUCAGGGUGGUGGCCAAUUACUUCAUCCUGCAGGGAAAUUGGAAACACCAAUCGCACACUGCUGCCCUGGCUGCUCACACAGAGGCACAAGCACAACAAGGCCUGCUGCCCACUGGAGGGGGUCAGGCCAUCACCCCAGCAGACUGAGUAUCGUAAUAAGUGUGAGUUUCUGGUUGGCGUUGGGGUGGAUGGGGAAGAUAACACUGUUGGCUGCCGACUUGGCAAAUACAAGGGUGGGACGUGUGCUGUAGCAGCCCCCUUUGACACAGUGCAUAUCCCUGAAGCCACGAAACGGGUGGUGAAAUCCUUCCAGGAAUUCAUACGGUCCACCCCAUACUCUGCAUAUGACCCUGAGACAUAUGCAGGCCACUGGAAGCAGCUGACUGUACGCACCAGCCGCCGCGGCCAGGCCAUGGCCAUUGCCUACUUCCACCCCCAGAAACUGAGCCAUGAGGAACUGGCAGGGCUGAAGGCCUCCCUGGUACAACAUUUCAUGGAGGGACCAGGCAGGACCAGCGGGGUGACCUGUCUUUACUUCGUGGAGGAGGGACAGCGAAAGACUCCCAGCCAGGAGGGCCUACUCUUGGAGCAUGUGGCUGGGGACCGGUGUAUUCAGGAGGACCUGCUUGGGCUGACCUUCCAGAUCUCUCCUCAUGCCUUUUUCCAGGUGAACACACCUGCAGCUGAGGUGCUCUACACAGUCAUCCAGGAUUGGGCCCAGCUGGACAAGGAAAGUACAGUGUUGGAUGUGUGCUGUGGCACCGGUACCAUUGGCCUGGCCCUUGCCUGGAAGGUAAAGAGAGUCAUUGGGAUUGAGCUAUGCCAGGAGGCUGUGGAGGAUGCCCGGGUGAAUGCCCAUGCCAAUGAGCUAAGCAACGUUGAAUUCCACUGCGGGAGGGCCGAGGACCUGGUGCCCACUCUGGUGUGCAGACUGGCCUCCCAACAACUUGUGGCCAUCUUGGACCCACCGCGAGCUGGCCUGCAUUCCAAGGUGAUCCUUGCCAUCCGAAGAGCUGAGAACCUCAAGCGGCUCCUGUAUGUCUCAUGCAACCCCCGGGCAGCCAUGGGCAAUUUUGUGGACCUCUGCAGGGCCCCAUCUAACCGGGUCAAGGGCAUCCCCUUCCGACCAGUCAAAGCUGUGGCAGUGGACCUGUUCCCACAAACCCCACACUGUGAGAUGCUCAUUCUGUUCGAGAGGGUGGAACACCCUAAUAGUACAGAAGUCCUAGAGCACCAAGGCCCUCUAGCCCAGCCCUCACAAGAGCCCGCUAAUGAUACCACACUGGAAAUUGGGGCCUCCUUUUCAUCGUAGGCCCUGGAAACUGCAGGGUCCAGCUCUUCCAGAACAGGGCUUAUCAUGGUGGCAGAAGCUAGAGGGCUUCCCGCAGUCUUGCUUGUCUCAAGAUGCUUAGAAGAGCAAUCACAGGGCUCAAGGCCUAGUUGCCUUGCCAGGACCAACAUGACCAUGAUAUGGCUCAGAAGACAGCUGGACUUCUAUGGCCUGUCCAUCCCUCACCCCAUCCUUCUGGAACAGCCAAGCUAUGAGGACCAGAAUAAACAACUGCUGAACUCAGGGUGUUUGUGAAGAACUUUGGUAAACAGGGACUCUCUGCCCCAUUCUGUGCGUGCAAAGGGACAGGGUGAGUGAAAUAUCUCAACCCUAUCCAAGCUGCCUGGGAAUUUCUGCCCUUCAUUUUAGUCUGACCCUUGAGCCUCUAUGACACCCUACCAGGCCUGGAUAUCAGGCUGGGGUUAAUUUGCAUGGCUUGCCAAAAGAGCUCACCAAGGCCCUGAACAGUGCAAAGCUUGCUGUUUAAUAGGAUGUUAGGUUUUAUGCUUGGAGAGGCAGAGACGCACAAGCCUCAAGACCAAGCAUCAACAGGAUGUUCCAGAGUAUGCAAGCAAGCAGAAGGAUGUCCCUGCACCUGAGGAAAAGAUCCUAAUUGCUCCCAAAAUCAGCCUGACCCUCAACCCAGGAAGAAGGCCACCUCCAUACAGUGACCAAAGGCUAUAUAUACCAGGUUGCUGCUAACCCCUAACAAGGACAGAUGUGUCUACUAGUAGGCGCUGCAGCCCACAAGGGGCUGGAGUCCGGCCAAUUGAGGGUCCACAAUGUCAUUCCACCCCCAUGCCCAGAAGAAAUAAAUACCAGCCAUUCCCUUUUA